AUGGAUGCAGUGACAAUGCCACCCAAAAACAAUCAGAAAGGGAGCCAAAACCAGACACGCAAUGCCAAUCAAAAUUCAAUCCCGAGCGAGGAUUUUGAUAUCAGAGAGACCUCACCAGCUCUUGGCGGAGGAAGAGGAUCUGGAAAUGACAAGGUGGGAACUGCUUUUGAUCUUGUGGAGCAAAUGCAUUACCUUUUCGUGAGGGUGGUUAAGGCCAAAGAAUUGCCUACGAAAGAUGGUAAUGGUACUCCUGAUUCCUUUGUUGAAGUAAAACUUGGAAAUCUUAGAAGUGAGACUAAGCAUUUGAAAAAUGUGUCUAAUCCUGAAUGGAACCAAGUUUUUGCAUUCCUGAGUGAUAGGAUUCAAGCCCCAGUAGUGGAGGUUUUAGUGAGGGACAAAAACAGGAAUGGAGAUGAUUUAAUUGGAAUGGUUGUUUUAGAUGUGAUGGACGUUCCAAAAAGAGUUCCACCUGAUAGUCCUUUGGCACCACAAUGGUACACAUUAGAGAAUAGGAGGGGGGAUAAGGUGAGAGGAGAGAUGAUGCUAGCUGUUUGGAUCGGGACACAAGCUGAUGAGGCAUUCCCAGAAGCUUGGCAUUUGGAUGCUACAACUGCAGUUAGUGGCGACGGAAUAGCAAAUAUUAGAUCCAAAGUUUAUUUAUCUCCCAGGCUUUGGUAUCUUAGAGUUAAUGUUAUUGAGGCUCAAGAGUUGCAGCUUUCUGAUAAGAAUAGGCAGCAACCAGAUAUCUUUGUGAAGGUUGCACUUGGAAAUAUGUUUCUGAGAACUAAGAUUUCACAAAGCAAAAGUACAUGUCCAUUAUGGAAUGAGGACUUGAUGUUUGUUGCAGCAGAGCCUUUCGAGGAGCAGUUGGCUUUGAGCGUGGAGGAGAAAGUAGCACCAAACAAGGAUGUUGUUCUCGGGAACUGUUUGAUUCCUUUACGUGGGGUGGAGAGAAGGAUUGAUUUGAGAACACCAAUUAAUAGGUGGUAUGGCCUUGAGAAGCAUGUUGUUUCUGAAAAUGGACACAGGAAUUUGGUAAAACUAAAUAGCAAGGUUCAUCUGAGGAUUUCUUUGGAUGGUGGAUACCAUGUUCUUGAUGAACUAACUAAUUACAGUAGCGAUCUAAGGGCAUCAGCUAAGCAGCUUUGGAAGCCUGCAAUUGGAUUACUUGAAUUGGGGAUCUUGAGUGCCCAAGGAUUGUCAUCAACAAAGACUAAGGAUGGCCAUGGAACCACUGAUGCUUACUGUGUAGCUAAAUAUGGGCAGAAAUGGAUCAGGACCAGGACCAUUUUGAACAGUUUGAAUCCCAAGUGGAAUGAGCAAUAUACAUGGGAGGUUUUUGAUCCUUGCACAGUUAUCACUAUUGGUGUAUUUGAUAAUUGUCAUUUGCAAGGAGCAGAUAGGGGAGGUGGAGUAAAGGAUUCAAGAAUUGGGAAGGUAAGAAUUCGUUUGUCAACACUUGAAACUAAUCGUGUGUACACACAUUCAUACCCCCUUAUAGUGUUGUUACCUUCUGGGGUGAAAAAGAUGGGCGAAAUUCAAUUAGCAGUGAGGUUCUCUUGUUCAUCUUUAUUGAACACGCUCCAAAUGUACAGCCAGCCUCUGUUGCCAAUUUUGCAUUACCUUCAUCCACUUACUCGUUAUCAGACUGAUAAUUUAAGGCAUCAAGCUACUCAAAUUGUCUCAUUGAGGAUGAGCCGUGCAGAGCCACCAUUAAGAAGGGAGGUGGUGGAAUACAUGCUUGAUGUGGGUUCAAAUAUGUGGAGUGUGAGAAGAUGUAAAGCGAAUCACUACAGGAUUGCAUCUGCUAUGUCUGGAAUUGUAGCAUUUCUGCAAUGGUUCAAUGGGAUAUGCACUUGGAAGAAUCCUUUUGCCACAAUUCUGGUUCACAUCCUGCUGUUAAUCUUUGUAGCUUUUCCCCAGAUUAUUCUGAGCUGUAGUUUUCUCUUCCUUUUUCUGGUUGGGAUUUGCAAUUACCGAGGGAGGCCAAGGUAUCCUCCUCAUAUGGAUAUCAAAUUGUCUCAAGCUGAUAGAGCUCAUCCUGAUGAACUUGAUGAAGAGUUUGAUACUUUUCCAACAUCCCGGCAUUCAGAUGUCCUCAGAAUGAGAUAUGAUCGCAUAAGAAGCAUUGGUUCGAGGGUGCAGACUGUUGUUGGUGACUUGGCAACUCAAGGGGAAAGGUUUUAUAGUCUGCUUAGUUGGCGAGACCCAAGAGCUACUGGCCUGUUUCUUAUCUUCUGUUUGGUUGCUUCUCUUGUAGUUUACAUCAUUCCAUCUAAAGCUCUGGUUGUUGCUGUGGGAUUUUAUUUGAUGAGGCAUCCAGCAUUCCGUGAAGAGCUUCCUGCAUUGCCCCUAAAUUUCUUCAGGAGGUUGCCCACACGAACAGACAGCUUGCUUUGA